AUGGUUGUCUGCUCGUUAUCGGUUGUGGCCACAGUGUUAGUUUUAACACUUCAUCAUCGAAAUGCAAAAAGUCACAUCAUGCCGUAUUGGAUCCGUCGAUAUAUUUGCUGCUAUUUGGCUUGGCUAUUGAGAAUGAGACGUCCGAAUCAGGAUUUAUCGUGGGAAGCCGUUAGUAGUUCAAUCAAUUUGAACACUAAUAAACCACCGCCAAUCGCAAAUGAUAAGAAGGAAGCGGAGUCGUUGAUGAUGGUGAAUGACAACUACCAUGAAUUGAGCAUUGAACGACGUUUACUAUCAGCACAAUUUGAAGCGAUGAAUCUUCAACUGAAAGUUAUUGUCAAAGAAUUGUGUGUGAUAACAGAUAACAUUCAUCAACAGGAGAAAAGUGAUAAUACAUCAGCUGAUUGGAAGUUUGCCGCUAUGGUACUUGAUCGUCUGUGUCUCUGGUUGUUCAGUAUUCUAACAAUUGUUUUCACUUGUGCAAUUUUAUUUACAUCACGAAACAUUUUCAAACUUUACUAG